CUAAGUAUGCAGUGCAGUAGAGAGUGAAGCGUGCUUCCUCAUAUGGCGUUUUUCUCAGUGGACUGCAUUUGAGCAGCGUGACAGGACUAGAUCAGCACCGAUGGCAAAGGCAGAGUACUCAGAAACCGCAGAGCCCAGCCAGAUCGGACCGGAUUCAGAGUCUGAUUCGGAUCCGGAGUUGCCCAGUGUGAACGCCGGAGCGGGAUUCGAGUCAUGCCGGCGGACUCAGGUGAUCCACAGCGGACACUUCAUGGUGUCCUCGCCGCACAGUGACUCAAUCAGGAGGAGAAGCGCGGCUCUUUAUAGUUCUGAUAAUUAUGAUUUUGACACCGUUAAUAAACCGGAUUGCCAGACCUACAUUUUCGGUCCACUGAGCUCCAGACGCCUGAGCAUUGACCCCACUCUCACACGCCUGUUUGAAUGCAUGACACUGGCGUACAGUGGGAAGAUUGUGUCUCCAAAGUGGAAGUCUUUCAAAGGUUUGAGGUUGCUGUGGAGGGAUAAAAUCCGGCUGAAUAACGGCAUUUGGAGGGCCUGGUUCAUUCAGUAUGUGGAGAAAAGGAAGAACCCCGUGUGUGGGUUUGUCACGCCGCUGGAGGGUUCGGAGGCGGAUGCUCACGGCAAACCUGAGGCCAUUGUUUUGGAGGGAAGCUACUGGAAGAGACGGAUAGAGGUGGUGAUAAAGGAAUAUCACAAAUGGAGGAUUUACUAUAAGAAAAGACUUCAGAAGAACAAAGACCUGCUGUCCAUGCUACAGAAGAGUCCUAUCAGCAGGACGGGCCUGGAGAAGUGGACCAGUCAGAUCUAUCCAGAGCCUGAGGCGGCAUCAGAGGAAGUGCACAUGUUUGACUUGGAUUGCUUCCUGUCCGACAUCUCAGACACGCUGUUCACCAUGACCCAGAAACCCAGUCCCUGGAGUGGAGACCGCCAAAACAGUGAGUCCACCCAGAAAUCAUUUACUCACCUUCAUCUAGACAUUUUCCUGAGUUUCCGCGGGCAGCCGAUGGAGCACGUGGUUUAUUCAGACUGCAGCUUCUUUGAGAGUUCGUCUAGCGGGGCGUUUCCUUCAACUGCUUCCUCUGCCGUCACCAGUCAGAUAAUACACACAGGACCUCUGCUAACACAGCCUCCUCUCUCAGCUGAAGGUUUAUCCCAGCCGUCCUCAUCUGUAAACCUACCUGGACCCAGUUAUCCUCGCCAGACCAUCGACCCCGACAUGACCUUCAACCCCAGUGGUGAAACCUCAGAGCCCAAGUUCAAAGGUCGCUCAGAAUACAUCAGUGACUUCCAUCACUCUCUGAACCUCUCGUCUGGCCUGGUCCCGUACGGUCCGCAGACGCCGUUCAGCGGUCACAGCACUGAGAUGCCAGGUGUCAUGGCACAGGAAAGCCCUUACCCAUCAGCCUGCCUCAGACACAGAUAUUCCUCCAGCCAAUCACAGACCUGUGCGGCUGCCACGUCCACGGUCAUCACCCACACUGGCUCUGCCAUGACCGGCCUGCCAUUGGACGCCCAGCAUGGAUACUCCAGCGUGGCUGAGAUGUUUCUUCCUGCCACCUGCAUGUCUUUGAGCUACCAGCCCAUGACAGCCACCCCAUCUCUGCCUUCGCCCGGCGUCUCUCACUGCUUCUCUGUGCCGCAGCAGGUGGGCGUGGCCACUGGCGGGGGGAAGCACAAACAAAAGACAGGAGGAGCCCAAUUGGUUCCCAGGGUGAUGACUUCAUCUACAGCCCCGCCCACUCAGACGAGCUGCCUGGCCAAUCUGCUCUCUUCCAGAUCUCAAGAGCGAAAACCAUCGUUGAGUUUUGAUGCUCCGUCAGCGGGGUUAAAGGGCCACAGACCAACGUCACCCAUCUCUCCGCCAAAGAGCAGCAGUCGAGGAGGAUCGCAGAUUUCCCACAAUCUCCCCUGGGCCUCUACUGCAAUCCCUCCACUCUCACCGUUACAUUGUCAGAUGCACAUGUCAACCCAUGGCCACAGCGGCACCCCGCAGGGAAGCACCAUCUCCUCUCUGCUCACGCAACAAACGCCGCUUCUCACCCCCAAAACAGAAAAACUCUCCCCAGUACAAAUGCACACAAGUGACAGGAGCAGUUUAACAGUUAGCUUUUCAGGAAACAUGGGACAGACGUCACCUACAAAUCCACCAGAGAAAAGCCCAGAGUCGUUGCCUGGACAAGCCAAGAUGGAGUCCACAAGAACAGACACACGACGGAUCACACACAUUUCUGCCGAGCAGAAGAGACGGUUCAACAUCAAGCUUGGCUUUGACACGUUACACAGUCUGGUGACGACUCUCAGCUCACAGCCCAGUAUAAAGAUCAGUAAGGCCACGACGCUGCAGAAGACGGCGGAGUACAUCAGUAAGAUGCAGCAGGAGAGAGCUCAGCUCCACGAGGAGGCCCAGAGACUCCGAGACGAGAUCCUCACGCUCAACUCUGCCAUCAAUGCGUGUCAGCAGCAGCUUCCGGCUACAGGCGUCCCAAUAACACGACAGCGCUUCGACCACAUGAGGGAGAAGUUCAGAGAGUACGUGAGGGCUCAAACGCUGCAGAACUGGAAGUUCUGGAUCUUCAGCAUCCUCAUCGAGCCGCUUUUUGAGUCGUUUAACGCUAUGGUGUCCACAGCCAGUGUCGAUGAUCUGUGUCGCAGCACUCUGUCCUGGCUGGACCAGCACUGCUCUCUGCCCGCGCUCAGACCCACUGUUUUGAGUUCCCUCCGUCUGCUCUGCACCUCCACAUCAAUCCUCUCAGACCCCAGUCUGGUUCCUGAACAGGCCGUCCAGGCCGUCACUCACGGACAUUCAUCCCACAGCUACAGCCAAUGACAGCACACGCUCGCAAAACCACAGCCAAUCACACGACCCACAUGCGCAUCCAAUCAGAACACUCGUCCCGCAGCAACGACCAAUGACAUUUUACUCUCUCACAAAUGCAGCCAAUGAUGCUCUUUCCCACAAAUGUGCAAGUGCUUAUGGAUGGUAAAAUGACUACAGCUUUGCUUGAGUUUUUAUUAUUUAUAGGAAAACAGAGAUGAUGAUCAGAAUUGAUGCGGAGAAGAAAGAAGAAUUGACGUGAGCCAGAUUGAAACUCAGAGGGUUCAGUAUAUUGUAUUCAGUUCAGUUCAUUUUUCACGUGCCGUUUAAUGCCUCACUGAUGAAGACACAGCAUACGUUUUGUUGUUGUUAUUGUUUUGUAAUUCUCAUAAAACUAUCGGUCAGUGUGAGUGUGAUACAGUGGGGCAUAUUAUCUAUAACGUUCUGUGCCUGGUUCAUGUUUCCACAUGUAAUUUCAGCUUUGGACUGUUUGGCUGCUCUUUUAAAAAACUCCUCCCAGGAAUAAAUGUAGGA